AUGGCGAGGGGAGCCCGGCUUUGGUGCGCCAUCCCCUUCGCCGCGCACGCGCUGUUCCGCAGGGCGCCGACCAAGCGCAACGUCCUUGCGCUGCUGCUGGUGCUUGCGCUCGUCGUGCUGCUCGCGAUCGUGCAGUGGCGCGCGCCACCACAACAGCCCACUCUCAUUUCCGGCAUGUCCGCGUCCUCGUCUUCCCGCCCCACCUCCGCGGAGCUGUACGAGGCAUGGGCGCAGCUCUUCGCGCUCGCCGCCCCCCUGCCCCCGUCCGCCAUGCGCAUCCCCGCAUCGCUCCCCCCCCCUCCCCACUUGGAGGACUGCGCCUCGCGCACUGCCUUCCGCCUCGCCACCGAGCGCAGAGGGGCACGCGGGAAGGCCAUCGAAAAUGGCACGCCGCAAGGGGUGGGGGGAGAAGGGGAGGGGGAUGCACCGGAGUGGGCGCGGGCGUCUGCUGCGUGUGCCAAUGUGCCGCAGCCACCAUGGGUGCGCGGAGCAGAUGCGGCGAAUCUGGGGAGCACACGGGUGGUGCAGAGGGACCUGUGGGCGCACCAGUUCCCCCCCGGGCCGUGUGAGGGCCGCCGCCUGCUGCUCGUGCACUGGCCCCACCCGGACGUGCCAUCCACCGAUGCUCAUGGCAGCAACAGUGAGAGCGGUGUUGGGAGGAUUGGAUUGGGUGCGUCGGAGGUGGCGGAGCAGCUGGUGGCGAUGGCAGGGGCGCUGAGUGUGGCGGUGAGCAGCCAGCGCGUGCUGGUGCCCAUGCCAGGCUCCUUCCUCCCUGCCAACCACUCCCACUGCCAAGUGGUGAACGAGUCGGGUUCGCUGAACUGCUACUUCUUCCGCUCUGUGUCGGCUGCAUGUGAAGCAGCAGCCAUGCAGCAGUACAGCGCUGCCGGCUCGCCCCCCUGCCGCCCGCUCUCCCAGCUUGCCCAUGUCAUUGCCUCCAACGACUCCCUCGUCUGUGCCCUCGCCACCCUUUAUCCUUCCUCUCGCCCCCACUCCGCUGCUGCUAGGGCAUGGGGCGAUGCAUACAAGCAGCGGCCUUACCUGGUGGAGGAGAGGGGCGUCAUGGUCAAUGCUUCAGAGGAGCACAUGCAGCCCUCGUUAUUCCUUUCUCCCCCGACCCCCCUUUCCGUCCCCCAGGCCUACUGGUGGCAGGCGCAGGCGCUGCGCUUCCUCCUACGCUGGCCCUCCGCGCUGCUGUGCCACGCCACCAACCGCAUGCGCCACUCCGCGUACGGGCUGCAAACCGCAGUCCUGGCAGCAGCGCAGGUGGCGGAGCAGCGAGCUAUCCUUGCGGCCCUGUGGUCGCCAUUCUCCGACGCGCACCAGCACCUGGGCAUCGACAUCCGCUCCGAGGCCAGGCUGCUUGGCGCUCUUGACUUCUCCCAACCCCACAACUUGGAAACGGACGUCUGGCCUGCUCUGGGGUUCGCUGGAUGUGCUGAUGGUGUAGACGUGGGGACCGGGGGGAACGACGUGAAAGGAGAGAGUGUGGGGAGUGAGGGGAGGGAGGGAGGUGGAGAGAGAGGGGUUCGUGAGGAAGGUGGUGCAGGAGCAGAGUCAGCUGAUGAGGAGGAGAAUGUUCCCGAGGAGAAGCCAGCGGCGCUAGUGACAUACGAGAGAGUGGGCAAAGAGGUGGGCAUGCCACGGCCGGUGGUGAGCAUGCACGUGGAGCAGCAGGCAGGCGGGGGAGUGGACGCGCUGCGGCCGCUGCUCGCGCUGACCCACCGCGUACGCCACCUCGACCCGGCCACCACAUUCGCCUGGCUCUCCGCACAGCACCUGGUAGGUGCGCGUGUGCUUGGGGGGAGGGAAGUGGGAGCUGGCUUGAAUGCGCCUGCCUCUCUGCACGGCACCUGGUGCAUGUGGCUCUCCGCACACUCGCUGGUGCAUGCAGGGGAGGCAGGGGGUUAA